AGUCUUUUCCUCCAUCCAAAGAGGGAAAUGCUGUAGAGAAAUCUCAAUCUCUCUUGUCUUCGUCUCUUUAAUUCUGAAUUCAGCUCGUUUCUACAGCGUCUCAUCCUGAACUCAGAAGGUAACUGAAUAUCCUCCUGCCAUAAGUAUCCUGUUGACAUGGACCCAUGGAAGCUGUUGGAAAGCACAGAAGUGGUGUUGUUUGAAGACAAGAGUUUAGUGGAAGAAUUGAGAGAGUUAAGAAAGCUGAGAACUGCUGUCAUGGUGGAGAAAUGUCUUGGUCAGAAUGAUGUGGUCACUUGUCCUAAACCAAGAAGGCAGCAGAUAAGCAGGCAAUGUGGACGACAUAUUGAUGCCAAAGUUGGAGCUGAGCUGUCUGAUAUUAUCACAAGCAAGGCUUCUCCCCCUUAUUAUUCUGUUUCCCCACCAAUCCGAGCUGGCAAUCCCCUUGUUCAAGAUGCCAGAUUCCUGCAGCAAUGGGGCUCACAAGGAGCUGUUCAUGGGACCCAGACAGAAGGUUUCCAUAGAGCUACUCAUCGCACUCAAAGGACCCGAAGCGUCUCAACAAUGGCCUGAGACAUUGUUUUGCAGCAUUCUAGACCAUUGACCAUCAUAUGCAUAAUAGAAAGCAUCCUCUGGGAAAACUUUGAAACUUUCAGUUGUGAUGAUGUCAUGUACAUAUAAGCCAUCCCAUUCCCUUUUUCUUCUUUUUAGAAUUUUAGAACUUGGGAUGCCUUUUCUUCCUUUUAGAAUUUGAGAAGGGUGUCAUCUUGUAGUUUGUUUUGAUCUUUGGUUUGAUGUAUAUACAUGUGAAGUACCUGCCUGGGUACUUCAGGGAAAAUGCCCUUUGUUGCAUAAAUGCAUUAAACUCAUGGAAUUUAAAUUUUGAUGAAUAAAAUGUUUGCAGUUUUGUACUGCUAAGAACUGGUAA